AUGAUGUCAGCCAGUGGCAGAAGUGCCUCCGCAUCGUCCGGGAUGUUUGAGAUGUUGGACUUUAAUGCACGUGUUGCUGGGAUGCACUACGAGAAGUGGACAUCAGUGAUCGACUCCGCGGAAGCCGGAUGCCUGCUUUGCAUUCAAGUAAUGAGCGAGCUCGUUGGAGAUGAAUUAGAACGACUACUCGAAUCGAUCAAGAACGAGCCUAGGACGAACGAGGCUCACAUGAGGGUUGAGAUAGAGACAGAAUCGCCUCUAGUUUCGGAAUCGCCUCCAUUUCUGUAUUUCUCUGCUAGAUUUAUAGAUGCUAAUGUGCGGGUGGGCUUUUGUUAUCAGCGAUCUGCAGAAAUACGAGGAGAAUACAAGAUCCCGAAAGUUCUCAGCGGUGCAGUCGGUGCUCUCUCCGACGAUACCGAAAGCGAAAAGACAUUUAAUAUCAUCCAUACCUGGCUGUCGACGUGUACCAAGGACCACGAAGACUGUCGUAGCCAUGGCGACUCCGGCUGGAUGCCCACGAGGCUGGUCGAUGUGAUGAACGACAACGAAGACCGGAUCUCCUUGACUACUAGUGACAAGAUAAAUCCUCCAGCAGCAUACACGACGCUCUCGCAUUGCUGGGGCGGCCACGUGUCAAUCAUGCUCACGACCGACACGAGCGAGACAUUGGAACGAGGAUACCCCGUCAGCGCACUGCCAAAGACAUUUUCGGAUGCCGUGCAGAUUACAAGGAGGCUAGGGAUCCGGUACCUAUGGAUCGACUCGCUGUGCAUCCAGCAAGAAUCCGUCGAGGACUGGAGAAAGGAGUCCCAACUCAUGCACUUGGUAUACAGCCACUCGUGGUGCAACAUCGCCGCGUCUUCCGCCAGCAACUCGUCCGUCGGAUGUUUUUUCAAGCGCGAUCCGCGGCACGUGCAGCCUUUCGAAGCGGUGGUCAGGUGGCCCGGCGCGGACGGAGGCUCCGCUCCGUGCACGUUCUCCAAGAAGGAACUGUACGGCAAGCACAUCGAGAACGGCCCGCUUGCGGAGCGGGGCUGGGUGAUGCAAGAGCGCGUUCUGGCGCCGCGGCAGAUCAACUUCAGCAAGGUGGGCGUCUGGUGGGAAUGCAGGACUGUUCGGGCGGCCGAGUACUUUCCCAACGGGCCAUACAUCACGUCCUGGCCGCCGAACGGAAAGCUUCUGGCGCACCAUCUGGAACAGCCCGCGGACAAGAUCUUAAGGGAAGAAACAAUCUCCAUCGGAGGGUUCGAGGCUCCGUGGAGGACAGUCAGCAUCAAGGACGGCGUGUACACUGAAUGGCACACGCUUCUCGCUCGUUAUUCUGCGACCGCCCUCACAAAGGACAGGGAUCGGCUCGUUGCAAUCUCGGGGUUGGCCAAGAAAAUCCAAGCGUCGUUGGGCGAUGUUUACGUAGCAGGUCUUUGGAGGAGCCGGCUGUUUGUGGAGCUCUGCUGGUCCGUCUUCCCCCCCAGAAAGGGCAUCCAACCCUUUGUUGGAGGCGGCAUGGACAAUGGCAAGUACAGAGCACCCAGACCACGUCCGUUGCUGGCGCCGACGUGGAGCUGGGCAUCGACACUGUCCAAGUUCAGGACCGCAAGGCAAGAGUUUGCCUACACCCUGGGUAAUGAGAUACUGGAUAUACACUUGGAGCAUGCAACGGCAGAUUUGACAGGAGACGUGACUGAUGGGUAUAUGAAGCUGCGUGUUUUGUUUGGCACCGCAAUGCUGCAUUAUAAAGGUCCUGAGGCUACCCUGGUUCCGAUGUCAGAUCCCGUCUCGUGUACGAUGUCAGAGCCUUUGGGUGUCUUUGUUCCGCGUGGGUUUUGUUUUAUGGAUGAAGAUGUCAGCAAGGAGGAUCUUGGGGACAGCUGCCCUUGUAUAGUGCUCUACCUCGACAACUCUGGUCAGGCUGGAGGUCUGCUUUUACGCCAAAUUGGCGAGUCAGGAGCUCACUAUGAGAGGAUCGGUGCCUGGAACUUGUCGCUGGGCCCCAGAGAGUUGAAACAAAGGUUUGACAAGCUUUCUGAGCAGGGCUUGGAGGACAUGUACAAGGAAAUCCUGAUCCAUUAG